GUCUAGAAAAAUAUCAUCUUUAUAAUAAAAAGUGCAUAAAUAUGAGGCGCGAUAAGUACGAAGAAAUUGCAAAAAGGGAUAGACUAUGAAUAUGACCUCAUCGUACCUACGCAGAAUCAACAGCGUUCCAAUCUACGAUCGCGCAUAUACGUACACAAACUUUGCUAGUAGUAUAUACAAAGUAUAUUUAUUUACUUACCUCAUAGAACACUGGACUUGAUAUUGCAUUUUAUUCGUUAAGCAGUUUCGCGUUAGAUGUGUUAUACUAGCCGUCGUAUUAGGUGGACUUGUACUUGGACUCGUAUCUUGUACGGUGAAUGGUUCAUGUCAGUUUUACUUCUAUUGUGCAACGCUGAUGGUCGCAUCUAGCCUGUACAACAUGAAAAGGAAUGGCACUUAAGCUUUAUUGACAUUACGAAUAUUACGAUCGCGUAAAUGUCAAAGUUCAUCCGAAGAUUCCGUAGAUCCGUGAUUCGGUGCUUGGGAUAAGGGAUGUGUUGGGUGAAAAGCAGAAAAUAUUGAAUGAAAAAUGUUGUGUUGUGUGUAAAGUUAUGUGAGCUUGAUUUGAAAUCGACAUACUAAGAUAUGGUUAAUUAUAUUGAAAGCUAGGAGUAGAUCACAAAAAUGCUUAUAAAGGAGUAUCGUAUACCUUUGCCUCUCACCGUAGAGGAGUAUAGGAUUGCUCAGCUGUAUAUGAUAGCUAAGAAGAGCAGAGAAGAAAGUUCUGGUGAAGGCAGUGGGGUGGAGAUCCUUGUUAAUGAACCUUAUGAAGAUGGCCCUGGCGGCAAAGGUCAGUACACUCAAAAGAUCUAUCAUGUUGGUAGUCAUUUACCCGGAUGGUUUAAAAGCUUGCUUCCGAAGUCUGCCUUAACAGUGUCUGAAGAAGCCUGGAAUGCUUAUCCUUACACAAAGACAAGAUACACUUGUCCAUUUGUUGAAAAAUUUUCAUUAGAGAUAGAAACUUAUUAUUAUGCUGAUAACGGCCACCAAGAAAAUGUCUUCAACCUAACUGGAAGUGAUUUGAAAAAUAGAUUAGUUGAUGUUAUUGAUGUAUGUAAAGAUCAACUAUUUGGUGCUGAUUAUGUUAAAGAGGAAGAUCCAACACUAUUUGUGUCCCAAAAAUGUAACAGGGGUCCUCUCUCUGAUAACUGGCUUGAGGAGUAUUGGCAGGAAGUACAGGGGAAGCCACAACCACUGCCAAAUGGAAAAUCUCUCAUGUGUGCCUAUAAACUCUGUAAGGUAGAAUUUCGUUAUUGGGGCAUGCAAACAAAACUAGAAAAAUUUAUUCAUGAUGUUGCAUUGAGGAAAACUAUGCUGAGGGCUCAUCGGCAGGCCUGGGCAUGGCAAGAUGAAUGGCAUGGUCUGACCAUGGAUGAUAUUAGAGAGAUAGAAAGGCAGACCCAACUAGCUCUGCAGAAAAAGAUGGCAGGAGACACAAGCGAUGAACAAGAUUUAUCUGAGGAAAAUUCAAAAUCCUUAGCAGCUACCAUGAGUAGUUUAGAAAAGAAUGAAGAUGUACCAACACCAUUGGUUACAAAGAAGAAUACUACUGAAAAGAGAAUCCAAAAGCAUUUGACCCCAGAAGGUACUCCACCAUCAGAACACAAAUCCUCUUCUAAAACAAAUCUUAGAUCCUCAUCAUCAGGUUCUAUUAAAAGUUUGCAAGCACAAGCGGCUAACUGGAGAAUGGAAACCCUUGUUAGAGAAUCAGAAACUGAAACAGGAUCUGAAGAUGAGUUCUAUGACUGUGAAUCUUCAUUCAAUAAAUGGUCUUCCAUGUGCUCACUUGAUGAAGGUGACAUUGAUAUAUCGCCCACGCAAGGAGAUCAAAGUCAAGAGGACAGCAUUUUUAAUCCAACCUUCUUGAAAAGAGUUACCUCUGAAAGGGGUUCACGGAGGAUGAUUACUUUACAAAGUCAUCAAAGCAUUGAUGGGUGUCCUGAAACACCUGUCCAUAGCUCCUGUCCAACCACAGUUUUAAUAUUAGUGUUUCAUGCUGGAAGUGUAUUAGAUGCGAAUGUAGAUAUGACAGCCAAGAAAUCUGAUGUCACUACCUUCAAAGGUGCUUUUGAAUCUGUGAUGCGCCAACAUUAUCCAACUUUAAUUGGACACAUAGCUAUAAAACUGGUGUCUUGUCCUUCUAUAUGCACUGAUGCACUAGGAGUUUUGUCAACACUAAGCCCAUACAGUUUUGAUUGUUCGCCAUCAACAAUAGAAUCUCCAUCACUUACCAAUGAUCUUAUACCUAUUGGCGCUAUUCCCCUAAUUGCUACAACAUCACCAGAUUACCCAGAAUCUGUUACAAAAACGAUUAGUUCUGCAAAUGCUGUGUACAAUGAAUUUAUAAAAUCAGAAGAUGGAAGGGGAUUUAAUGGGCAAGUCUGUAUUGUUGGAGAUAGCAUGGGCUCUGUACUAGCAUACGACUCACUUGUUCGAACGUUGCAAUACCAAUCAAGACAUGACAGUGAAAGUAGUAUUUUGGACACUGAGAUCACUAUUCCGAAUGACCCUCUAGAGCCACAUUACCUCAACAAGUCUCACUUGCAAGCUCCUUCGCCUAGGCGGCGCUCGUCAUCUACUAGUGACAAUCAUAUUAAACUCGAAUUCGAAGUGACCGAUUUCUUCACGUUUGGUAGUCCAUUGUCACUUAUACUGGCAUCAAGAAAAAUAUCUGACGAUAAAUCUCGAGACAUUGUAAAACCACCCGUACAGCAAGUGUUUAACUUGUUUCAUCCAACGGAUCCUGUUGGCUCCAGAUUGGAGCCACUGCUAUCAGCUAGAUUCACAAAUUUACCACCUAUAAAUGUUGCUAGAUAUACUAAAUAUCCAUUAGGUAAUGGACAACCUUACCAUUUAAUGGAGUUAAUUCAGAGUCAUCCACAAUUAUUUGGCGAUCACUUGCAAAUGCCGCCGACUCCAGUCCUAAGAAGACUUUCUGAAGCAUCAGUACAAAGUACAGUUAGUGGAUUAGUAGAUAACAUUCCUUUAAUUACUAUGAACGCUUUACAACAAAAAUGGUGGGGAUCCAAACGACUUGAUUACGCUUUGUAUUGUCCAGAAGGUUUGACAAAUUUUCCUACAAACGCUUUACCUCAUUUAUUCCAUGCAAGUUAUUGGGAAAGUUCUGAUGUUAUAGCUUUUAUACUAAGACAAGUCGGUCAUUUCGACUUAGCACUAUAUGGCCACUCUGAAGAUAAAGAGUGUCCAAUGUUCAAACCCGGCCAAGAGAGAGAAAAGUGGAUGAGAAAACGAACUUCAGUUAAAUUGAAGAAUGUUGCUGCAAACCAUAGAGCUAACGAUGUUAUCGUGAAAGAAGGAUGCCCUCAAACAUUUACCGCUCGUUUUAUGUAUGGGCCGCUAGAUAUGAUAACCUUGACUGGAGAAAAAGUUGAUGUUUAUAUGAUGAAAGAUCCACCAGCAGGUGAAUGGACGAUGUUGUCUACUGUUGUAACCGAUAAAACUGGCAGGAUAACAUACACCAUACCAGAACGACAGAGUGUCGCUUGCGGCAUAUAUCCUGUAAGAGUUGUGGUGCGCGGAGAUCACACUAUGUGCAAUUUCCACCUAGCCGUAGUGCCUCCUCAAACAGAAUGCAUAGUAUUUAGUAUUGACGGAUCGUUUACUGCUAGUGUGUCAGUUACUGGUCGGGAUCCUAAAGUAAGAGCUGGCGCAGUUGAUGUUGUCCGCUUCUGGCAAGAUCUGGGAUAUCUUAUACUGUACAUAACCGGCAGACCUGACAUGCAACAGAGAAAAGUAAUAUCAUGGUUGGCUGAGCAUAAUUUCCCUCAUGGGUUAGUAUUUUUUUCUGAUGGAUUUUCAACAGAUCCUUUGGGUCACAAGGCAGCGCAUUUGAACAAUCUUAUAACUGAACAUGGAAUCAUAAUGCAUGCUGCAUAUGGCUCAGGAAAAGACAUUACUGUAUAUCACAACUGUGGAUUGUCUCCCAAGCAAAUCUAUGCUAUUGGACGAAUCAGUAAAAAGUAUAGCAACAUGGCAACAACUUUAAAUGAUGGCUACGCUUCGCAUUUAGCUGAUCUGAAGUCACCUGGAGCUUCGAGACCUGCCAGGGGUAACGCACGUCUUCUAGUACCACGACGUCUGCUAGCACCUGUAAGCGGACCGUCAAUCUCGCGAAUGCGACGUUAAGACAUCUGUACGGUUUAGUAAUCGUGAAAACGCUUAUUUUUUCUCGGGUUAGAUGGUUUUUGUGAUAAGCUAGUGCUUAAUGUACAACUGUCGUAAUAUUAUCAUCUCAUUUUUAGAUCAUGACUAUUUAUGACCCACGUACUGUUUGGGCAAACAAGAUUUAUAUGCACAUACUUUUCCAAUUCAGGUUUGAUACUUUAUUCAAAUUUGUGUAUUGAUUAAGAUUGAUAAACAAGUUGUUUGUUGUAAAGAUUUUUAAAUUAGCAAAUUGGGAAGGUAUUGCGCCCGAUAUUGAUCCUCAUUGUAUAUCUAAUGGUAAAAAUAUUGUGACGACUGUUUUAAUAUUCUAACUGUAAAAAAAACUUGUUACGUACUUCUAUUGUAACUCAUAAUGUGCAGAAUAUUUGGAGGUAGGUUACUUAUGGUUUAUUGUUACGAGUGUUUGCUGGAGGGUUGUAAUCUCUGCACAGAACAUCAUGACUUAGUGUGCUGUUUCUUCUAGUCUAUGCGCUAUUCGUAGAUAUGCUUGCAAUAUUAUACUUACUAAAAGCGAGUAUUGAAUAUUUGAUGAUUUGAGAGUUUAAUCGUGGCAUCUCGGAUACACUAGACUGCUUACCAAUCUUGUCUGGUAAUGUAACGUCUAGAAAUACAUUUGCAGUCAUAGCUAGAUUUAACCAAUAUCGAUUGGUUUAUUACUUUGUAUAUUUGUGUACUAUUAUAGUGACAGAGCUACAGUGCAGGCAUGUGUUAUAAAUAUAUAGAAUUCAUAUUUUAUUAAUGGGUUGAUUAUGAAUUGUUUCUUACUUGAAAAAUAUAAUUAUUGUUAAGGCGUAAUAACAAUGUUAGGUACGUGAUAUUAUAUCUUGUUAUUUAUUAAUAAUUCUGAAAUAUUUAAUUAGUACAAAAUGCACUUAUGCUCUUUUCUCCGACUACGGUUUAUAGGCUACUAAAAUAUAUUUAAAUUAAUCUUUCAUCGUGAUAUAAUUUGAUAGUGUCUGCCUAGCUUUCGGGCAACAGGCUUUAUGUAUGUUUCUAAAUUACUACAUUUUUUAUUUUGGUUAUAAGCAAAAAGAUUUGAUUAAAUGCACUUUAUAUUUCCGUAAGUCGAAUACUCAACUUGUAACAUGGUCCACCUAAAGAACCAUUUUUUCAUUUGGGAACUGCCACUCGUAUUGUGCUUUUACUUAAUGGUAUCGUAAAUCCGUAGACACUAGUAUAGGGCCAUAAAUAUUUAUGUAUUUUUUAUUAUAAUUCAUACUUAGCUGUUACCUGCAGGUCUCUCGUAGUAAUGUCGUAUUUUGACAAAAAUAAAAUAUAUAUUCAAUGUACUAUAUUAUACUUAAUUACUUAAAAUGCUAUUCAUUUUUGUAAUUUAAUUAAUAACGCUAAAAUAAGAUUACAAUUUCAAUUACAUACAUUUUUAUUAUGUAAGGAUUGGCCAGGUUUUUAUAUUUCUCCCAGUCCUAGGCCGAUCAUUGAUUGUAAAUUGUCUGGAAAAUGACUUUUUAUGAACUUUUAAAUGCGAAUCUAAGUGUCACAAAAUGUUAUAGUAAAGUUUAUUGUAUAAGUGAAGAACAGAAUGGGCAAUAUCGUCAGUCAAUAUAAUAAAUGAAAAUAUAUUAUGUACCUAUAAUGUUGAUAUUAUAAACCAGAUAAAAUUA